GUGUGAAAGCAGUGCUCUAAUUUGUUAUCAUUGAAUGUGCUUAAAACAUAUUGUUAGCUAAUGUACGCUACAGCGUCAAUUACGUUAAGAUAAUUGAACAAGUUUAUUGCUGCAGUUGAUAUUAUCUUCAGAGAUAGUAAUCAAACAAUCAAACUACGUCAUCGAUAUUUUCACUGUCGUAAAGAUCAAGCUUCAGCAUGAAGGAAAUCGAACAGCUACUACAAGCGAUGGUAAUUUCUAAAGCCGGAACUCCAAUGACGGUUGCACAACUUAACAGAGACUUCAAGGCUUACGAAGGUGAAGAGAUACCAUUUCGACGCUACGGAUUUCAGCAGCUUGAUGAGAUGCUACGCUCAAUGUCGGGUGUUCUGCAGCUCAACGGGCAGGGUUCUGCAGCAACUGUUUUACCCCUGGUGACGCAGAAAACACAGCAUAUAAAAGCAAUGAUUGAUAAACAGAAAAAUAGCGGAAACAAUCGCAAACCACAUCAAUUGCGUUCUUCGCAACGCCAAGGAACUGGAUGUGUAAGAAAUCGUAAUACAAACGAUGAUCAGAAUCCGUGCUUUAACUAUGAGUCGGUUGUGAAACCUCAUCAUACAAUAGGUGAAGUGAAGAAAUUAGUUAAGGCUAUCGUAUUUUCUAACGCUAGUACAAUGACGGUUACACAAUUGAAUAAUUUCUUCAAACAACAUGAAGGUGUAAAUAUACCAUAUCGAGAAUUCGGAUUUCAGCACCUUGGUGCAAUGCUACGAUCAUUAUCGGAUGUUGUGCAGCUCAAUGGGCAGGGUCCUUCCGCCUGGGUACUUCCAGUAAGAGCACAGUGCAAUUCACAAAAUACUAGGGAAAGUGUUGGAAAAAUGUCUUCAAACAGUCCAAAUCGGCAAAAUCAGACUUCAACAUCUUUUAAAGAACCACCUCGAACUGGGAGUGGAGACGAUAAACUGAGGUGCUCUUCCUAUUCUAGCUACACAAUUGAUGAGCUAAAGAAUAGGAUUCGAGCGCUCUUGAUAUCACAAGCAGGCGGUGCAAUGUCGGUUACUCAAUUGAACAAACAUUUUAAACUCCUUAAUGGCGAAGAGGUACCGUAUCGUCGUUUCGGUUUCCAGCAGCUCGAUGAAAUGUUGCGGUCGAUGCCGGAUAUUGUACAGCUACUUUUCUUACAUCCAUCUAGCUCAAUGGCCAUGGUCCUUCGGCAUGUGUAUUACCUGCUAACGUGCAACAAAUAUUGCCCGUUGGAAAAUCGCGCAGGAAGCAAAACAGUAACAAUUCUUUUGACAAAACACGAACCUCAUAUGAUGCGAAUUGUGGACCCGAUAAUUCAUUUAAUCGGCCAGCAAAUAAUUAUUAUUCGAUGCCUUUUCGAAAUUUGGGUGCGCCUAGCGCGGGUGGGAAUGCUUAUCCUACAGCCUAUGAACAAUUCGUCAUGGAUGCUAUUGCCAAUUAUGCACAAAGAUAUUGGUAUUAAACUAUGCUGCAUUCAAGCAAAGUGUUGUUUAUGAAAUAGUAGACAUUAAAAACGAUUGCACUUGAGCAUACUGGAUCUCGUGCAUAUCUCGUCGAACGAUUUGUAAGACACACCAACGGAGAUAUUACUUCAUGGUUUGAAAUGAGAAACGGAAUUAUAAGGCAAAGUUAAAUGUUGAUAAAGCUAAUAUUUAUUUAUUUUAUCGUUGGCGCACCACGAAGAAAAUCUCCAACCACCUGUCUUGUUAGUCGUAGAGGUCAAUGAUGUCUUCCACGCUUGAUAUUGUCCCGGUAAUCAAAAGAUAUAAUCCAAACGCCCCCAUAAGAAAGUUCUUCACCAACCGCCACUUCAUCCAGCCAAAGUCCGAAGGCCAUCGGUACACGGUGUCGACUAUUAUAGGAAACCAGAGAGCCAAGAUGGGAUUAAAGAUGGCUCCGAUAAUUCCAACGAACGUUCCGAUAUCUGGAAUGCCACACGCAAUCCCGACGAUCGCUGCCAAAUACAAGAACCUAACGAGUGACUGCACGACCAUGUGCCACUGUGGUUGAACCCGUCGGUGCAACUUUCGCCAUAUGAUUUCUUGUGGGACGUAGAAAAAUAUACCAAUCGAGAAGAGAAUGGCGACAGCCGACAGGACUUGGAUGAUUAACGCCAAGCUGGAAAGUUCAGCGUGAUAGAGCCUUGGAUUGCAUCGCCGUAUCGAAGGUAUCCCAUCAGCCCAAGAAAGCUGUAUAAGAAUCCCAAGCAAAUAUUGUUGAUGUUGACGAUACCCGGGCAGCCGAGGUAAUGCUGAGGAUUUUUCAUCUGAUUAGAGACGGGGAAUAUCAACGAAGUUGCGUCAAAUGCAAAGUAUGCAGCUCUGUGGAAAUACCAAUGUCUUAUCCCGAUCGUCGGUGGAAAGAGGUUCUCUAAAGAUGUAAUACAAAGAAAUCACGACGUUGGCAAAGAUCAGCGUCGUCGCGAUGGCUGAGAAUGGCACAAGAUAUUUCACUUCCCUAACUUGCGUAAUCACAAUCGCUGGUAUCGCGGCCAAUAAAAUAUAGAUUCGGACGUCCCAUUCAAGAUCGGUACGACUGUUGAUAACGUCGUGUAGUGUUGAGCCGACGAACACCAUAUAAAUCAUAGGCGCAAACGAAAUCAUGAGGUAGUAAUCGGUAAAUGUCCUGAAUCAGUAAAAAAAACAUACAUUUUUAAUACCGUGAGAUUUUUGUUUCGAGCAAUACAAGAAGCCGAUGCAAGCAUGUACUCACUUUAAUAUUUUACCCAACGGUCUUGUCUUGACUGGACCAAGGGCAAUUGCACGAUCAACCGUCUGGGCAAAGGUCAGCAUAGGGACACGAUCUCUUUUGCAGAUUUUAUAUGCGGUACCGACCUGCAGUAUUGCAAUCGUCACAAUAAAAUGUUAGUAUUUCACAUUAAGACUCACUAACACAGUUUGAAUUGAAAUAGACUACUCACUAGUAGAUGCACACAAUGUGAAUAAAG